CCAGACUGGCUAUCAGAGCAGACUCCCUACAGCUGAAUUCAUCCACGCCGUCAUCCAACUAUUUGUAAGAACAAACUCUGUGGGAAACCUGGCAAAAUGUAGAAAUAGAGGAUCUCCAAAGUCCGCUGGCUAACGCAGGUAUGGAUGACACGCAUUGUUCUUCUCUGCGCAUGCGCGUCAGCAUAUCCCCUCCCUCUACCUGAGAGGAGCGCACCUGGAUCCAACGAGACGGAAGUUCCCUCAAGCCAAAUCUUUUUUGUCUUCUUGGAAAAGUGUCCCCUUUGGAGGUCGAGCCACAAACCGAGACACUCAGAUCAAGACAGGAUGCCAUUCUGUGGACCCAACAACAAUUCAAAGCAUCUCUCGAUCGUAAAUGUGUAAUUCAGCGACUACAUGCUGAAUCUGAAUCCAAAGCCAGCCUCCUCUUUGUUCAAUAAGAAUGACAGCUCUCCGCAGAGUCCUCCGAAGGCGCCUGCACCCUCUUAAACUGGCCAUAGUGGCCCUCGUCUUUGUCACAUUUGUGUUUCUCAUACAAUGGGAGGUGGGGAGCCAAGACCAACAGGACGACCCGUGGCUGAAGGAGAUGGCGGUGAAGCGGGAUGCCGUGAUGGGCAUCGUGAUCGGAGCUGUCAAUAACUUCAGGGAUGCGAUACCAAAGAUGCAGAUCAGAGCCCCCGUGCGUCAGCAGGUCAAAGGGGGGGGCGGCAGGUCCUGUCUGCCGGGUCACUACACCGCGGCCGAGCUCAGGCCGGCUCUGGAGCGGCCACCUCAGGACCCUCUAGCUCCUGGAGCGGACGGGAAGCCUUUCUACACGGAGUCGCUGAGCCCUGAAGAGCAGAAGGAGAAGGAGAAGGGUGAAGAAAAACACUGCUUCAACCUGUACGCCAGUGACCGCGUGUCUUUGAGCAGAGACCUGGGAGCGGACACGAGGCCACCAGAAUGCAUUGAGCAAACUUUCAAGCGAUGCCCCGCCUUGCCGACCACCAGCGUGAUAAUCGUGUUUCACAACGAGGGCUGGAGCACUCUGCUGAGGACAGUAUACAGUGUCCUGCACACCUCCCCGGCCAUUCUCCUCAAGGAGAUCAUCCUGGUGGACGACGCCAGCGUGGAUGAUGUGUUAAAGGACGACCUGGAUGAGUAUCUAAAGCAGCUAACACUUGUCCGAGUUGUCCGUCAGCGAGAGAGAAAAGGACUCAUCAGCGCUCGCCUUCUGGGUGCCUCCGUGGCUACCGGUGACACCCUCACCUUCCUCGAUGCCCACUGUGAAUGCUUUCAAGGGUGGCUGGAGCCUCUGCUGGCCAGGAUAGCGGAGAACUACACUGCGGUAGUGAGUCCUGACAUAAACACUAUUGAUCUCAAUACUUUUGAAUUCACAAAGCCGUCUCCGUACGGCCAGAACCACAACCGGGGGAACUUCGACUGGGCGCUUUCUUUUGGAUGGGAGGUUCUACCAGAUCAUGAGAAGCAAAGGAGGAAGGAUGAGACGUACCCUAUCAAGACUCCUGCAUUUGCUGGUGGGCUCUUCUCCAUCUCAAAAGAAUAUUUCUACCAUAUUGGAAGCUAUGAUGAAGAAAUGGAGAUCUGGGGCGGUGAGAACAUCGAAAUGUCAUUCAGGGUGUGGCAGUGUGGUGGACAGCUGGAGAUUCUCCCUUGCUCCAUCGUGGGUCAUGUGUUCCGCACGAAGAGCCCCCACACCUUCCCCAAGGGGACGCAAGUGAUCACUCGUAACCAGGUUCGACUGGCCGAGGUCUGGAUGGACGACUACAGAGAGAUCUUUUACCGUCGUAACCAGCAGGCUGCACAGAUGGCAAAAGAAAGGGCUUUUGGGAAUAUCUCCAAACGUCUGGACCUCCAAGAACGACUGCAGUGCAAGAGCUUCUCCUGGUAUCUAAAGAACGUUUAUCCAGAAAUGUUCAUGCCUGAUCUCAACCCACCCCGCUAUGGCUGUGUAAAAAAUGUGGGCAAAGACUCGUGUCUGGAUGCUGGAGAGGACAAUGAGGGCGGGAAACCGUUGAUCAUGUACCCAUGUCAUGAUCUCGGAGGAAACCAGUAUUUUGAGUACUCCUCACAUCAGGAGAUUAGACACAGCAUUCAGAAGGAGCUCUGUUUGCACGGAGCGGAGGGGGCUGUGAAGCUGGAAGACUGCCAGUAUAAAGGCAUGAACUCAGUGGUAGGAGAAGAGCAAAAAUGGGAACUGAAGGACAACAAGUUGUUCUACCUGUCAGGACGGCACAUGUGUCUGAGUGGCCGUCAUGAGUCUCCCAGUCUGGCCCUCUGCAACCCCUCAGACAUAUACCAGCACUGGUCCUUCAACUAACUGUGCAGACUACCACUCUAUAGGACUCUGGACAUGAGUGUUACUAUACUGGACGCAGUAAUCAUGCAGUACUUUUUUAGAUGAAUGACAAUGAGUUAAUUUAUUUUUAUAAAUAGAAGAAGUGACCUGCUGCUGCCGGGGAGUUUUUUUUUUUUGUGUGGAUGAACCACAGUGUGCUUCUGCUUGAAGGAAGCACUGACACGCUGCUCCCUGUCAGACUGUGAACUGAGACUGUUGGGUCAACGAGGACACAUCAUGUUGACAAGUGCCUUUUUGUGUGUUUAAAUGUUUCCACUACUCUCAAGUUGUCACAACCAACACAUGCUGUACGCAGGCAUGUUGAGCCAACACUAUACAACGUAUUCAUCUAAAACAAAACCAUACAAAUACACAGACUACAUGCGUGUGGUUACAAGCAGAUACAGUUUGACACACUGAGAUCCCAAAUACUGAAACAUUUGGCACCAAAGAGACUGAAAGAUAGAACAUGAAGCAGACAAGUAGGAUGUCUUCAAAUAUAUAUUUUUUGAAAUGUUAAACCUUGUUUCUUACCGUCCAGUGCUGUUGAUGUCAUUUUAUCCCGGCUGGAUAAAUUGGUGGAGGGAAGGGUGAUGGGGUUGAUUCAGAAAAGUGAGCAAAGGCUUAGUCCAAGAAAACGUUUGCAUGAGAUAGAUUUAUGCUGUCUGUACACAUGGUUACCAGCUCAUGUGAUACAUCCAGCCAAAACUCAAACAUCCUAUAAAGCAAUGGAACAUAGGGCAGAAAUCCUUCCUUCAUUAAAGGUGCAUUAAAGUUCAGAUUUUUUGUCUUUACCUGGUUUAGCAUGGUGAGUAAUAGAAACACCUCCCUUAACAACACAAUACACCUGCACCAAAGUGAGCAUAGUUAGCCUGCAACUCCCUACAUUAAAGGUGCACUAUGUAGUUUUGGUAGAGAAAUGUGAAAGUUGGAGAAGUGUACUGAUUGUGUGGUAUAUGUUCAGAGCUCUAUACACAAACUGUCCUCAGAGGAAAAAUUGGUCCCUGCACACUGUUUGAAGAUAAAAUGCCACACGAGAAGUUAUGGUGAGGGGUCUGCAACAGUGAAAGCGUAACUCUCCUGGUCCCUUUUUCUUACCUCCAAACAGUGUUCCAGGGACUCAAUUUUUCUUUGAGUUCAGAUUGUGUAUUCAGUUCCAGUUUCCAGUUUCACUUCUCAAACUUCCAAAUUCCACCACCAAAACUCCAUAGUGCACCUUUAAUUCAAAAUAAUUAAAUGAUAACCUGUUCUGCACUACUGUUCUAUUAGACAUUAAUGUACCCAAUAAAAUGACAACUAGAGACAUGAAGUGUGAAUGAAAGCUCAGAUCUACAGUAUAUUUUGAGAGAAAAAUAAGCUGGUUUGACGGAAGGUAACCGGUACUAAUUUCAAGUGCUCAUUACAAUUGAUGGUAAUAUUUUCCCCCCUGUAACUCAAUGCUUUCUAAUGUUGGUCAAAUGGACAAUUCCUCCUGUUUGUUUGAGUUCAGCAGUGUUUACCUGUAUUACUACAAAUGUAAUGGACUGGUGUUGAUCAAAAUGCAUAUUUUCAUGUAAGUUCACAUUGAUUGGGAGUCUUCUGGUGAUUUUCUGGUGCAGGCACUAAUGAUAACCUGUUCUGCACUACUGUUCUAUUAGACAUUAAUGUACCCAAUAAAAUGACAACUAGAGACAUGAAGUGUGAAUGAAAGCUCAGAUCUACAGUAUAUUUUGAGAGAAAAAUAAGCUGGUUUGACGGAAGGUAACCGGUACUAAUUUCAAGUGCUCAUUACAAUUGAUGGUAAUAUUUUCCCCCCUGUAACUCAAUGCUUUCUAAUGUUGGUCAAAUGGACAAUUCCUCCUGUUUGUUUGAGUUCAGCAGUGUUUACCUGUAUUACUACAAAUGUAAUGGACUGGUGUUGAUCAAAAUGCAUAUUUUCAUGUAAGUUCACAUUGAUUGGGAGUCUUCUGGUGAUUUUCUGGUGCAGGCACUAGUGUUAAGAUGGCUGUGGAAUAUCUCAAACUGCUUUAGGUUGAAGUCAGAUUGAGGAACAUUAUGAAUAAGUGUUAACCUAAGAUUAAAACUAUUUGUGGCUAUCAGACUGAAUUGGUAUUAGGAGGCUUUCAUUUUAGGUCAAUAAAUUCAGUGGGUCGGCA